AUGCAUAUUGAACAGGCCAAUGCGGUGGACAACCCUCAACAGUUUGAUGAGGUUGAAGAGGCGAAAGAGACACUCAAUGAGGCGUACGCGAAUGCGGUCGGCUAUAAAGAGUAUCGAGAGGGCCUGGGAAUGUCCAUUUCCAAGAAGGAGAAUUCUCGAGUCCGAUGGAAAAUCGAUCUCAUUGUUCUUCCGAUCUUUCUCAUCACCCAAGCCCUGCAAUUCAUGGACAAAACCGCAUUGAACUAUGCAAACCUGUUGGGCUACCAGAAGACCCUUGGCCUUCAUGGCCAGCAAUUCAAUUAUCUGUCUGCAAUGGUAUAUGCCGGCUACUUCUUUGGACAAUAUCCUUGUGGAUGGCUCGUAGGCCGCUUCCCUGCACAGCGUGUUCUUGGUGUGAGCUGCUUCAUGUGGGGGCUGAUGGUUAUCAUUAUGACACAAUGCCACACGUCUUCCAGUGCGCUUGCGGUCCGUUUCAUUAUGGGUUUGUUCGAGGCAGCAGUGACGCCAGGGCUAAAUCUGAUGACCGGCUUCUGGUAUACGCGUCAAGAAAUACCACUGCGUCAGUGCAUAUGGUAUUCCGCCUUAGGAUGGGGCGGCAUCGUCGGCUCCUACAUUUGCUUUGGAAUCACAAAGCUGCCAGUCGAUUUCAGUCCAGCACGCUGGGAGCUACUAUUCUAUAUUCUCGGGGGGGCCACGUGCCUCUGGGCAGGUGUCAUCAUAUUUGUUCUUCCUGAUGCGCCCUCAAGCGCGUUCUUCCUAUCAAAGACGGAGCGCAUUAUCGGGAUCAAAAGAGUUGCAGGCAACGAGACAGGCGUCAAGACCAAAACCUUCAACAAAAAGCAAGCAAUGGUUGCACUAUAUGAUCCAAAAGCUAUCCUGGUUUUCAUCGCGGUCUUUGCAGCAGCGAUUCCAAAUGGUGUCGUCAACUCUUUUUCCACAAUCAUCAUCGAGGACAUGGGUUUCUCGAAGACCAAGACCACGGAGCUCAAGUCGGUCGGAGACGCAGUUGUCAUCGUCGCACUGGUUAUUGGCGGUACAAUAACGCUGAACAUACCUAACAGCAGAUUGCUCACUGCCACCGCCGCUAAUAUCCUGUGUACUGUUGCUGCCGCAUGUAUGGCAUACUUACCACGUGAGCAGAAAUGGCAGCGACUGGCUUGCUUCUGGCUCGUCAAUGCACAGUCGGUAGGAUUCACGAUCUCGCUUGUCACCAUAUCCUCAAACAUGGCUGGCUACACUCACCGUGCUAUGGCGAAUGCUCUUGUUUUCACUGCGUAUUGCUGGGGUAACUUUGCCGGGCCGUUUGUGGUGAAACCCUCCCAAGCUCCUGAGUACAAAGGCGCGACAACAGGUCUUCUUGUCGGAUACGCAAUCAAGGCUGGUUGUCACAUAGCUCUAUUUGUGUACAUGUUUAUGGUGAACCGGCGUCGAGACUCUGUCUACGGUCCGGCGGAUAAAGCUCGGAGUGAUGAAGCUGGUAUGCAGGAUUACACAGAGUUCGAGAACAAGGAUUUCCGUUAUGUGCUAUAA